AUGUCAUGCAUUUUUGCUCUCUUUGUCAAACCCCAUUUUAAUAGGCCCAUUUGCCACUCCAUUGACCAAGCUGGCCAAAAGAAGAAAUCAAGAAACUUUAAUUCAAGUAUUGGUUUUUCUUGCUAUGGUCUUAAUAAUAGCCCUAAACCAAUUAAAAUUAGCAUUUCAACUAAGCAAGAAAAGUUUCACAAGCACCAACAUCUCAAAGACCUCAACUUUUAUGAUUCUUCUCUAGCAAAGGAAAAAGCUAAACAUGAUGAAGAUGGUUUCAAGAAGACAACGUCAAGAGGUUUGAAGAUUUAUAGAGAAUUAAAGAAAGUUAAGCAACCUAGACUAUCAAGUUACUUGAACUCACUUUUUACAAAUGGGGAAAAAACAAAGAUUUCCUCAAAUGAUGAUGAGGAUAGACUAUUAAAAUCAACUUGCUUAGGAAAGAAUAUUAUUAGUACUCCAUGUGGGCACAAGAAUUUGGACAUGGACCAAUUACAAAAUGUUGAGGCUAUAAAAAACAUUAAUAGAAAUUAUAUUCAUGACCUAAAAUUCCACAAGAAUAUUAUUGAAAUGAUUGAAGAAGAUGAAGAUGAAGAUGAAGAUGAGGGUGAAAGUUGUGCAAGUUCUGAUUUGUUUGAACUUAAUAUUUUUUCUCCCAUUGGAUCAAUUGAAUUGUCUGCUUAUGAAACAACAAAUAUUGGUAUUAAUUAA